UUUAAAUACUUGAUAUAAACUACUUAUUUUCUACUAGUUGUAUUAAUAGAUUUUCUGAAUGUAUUACAGCAGAAAACUACAGAAACAAUAAUAUUUGACAAAACAAAUUUUAAAAUAAUAUGAGCACGUUCUGAUCGACACAGUAGGUGUAUCAAAUUAAAUUUGUCGUAUAUUUACAUAAAUUAAAAAGCGAAAUUGUAAAGCGUCAUUUAUGUAUAUUGAUGACCUCGCUAUGUUUGUCUGAUUUGCUACAUAAACAACCGAUCAUUCUUAUCUGGUUUUUGUGAUACGCGAGUUGUGCCUGUUUGUAUCUUGACAAUUUAAAGUGUUAACGUCAUAAUUAUUUACAUUUAUUUAAAGAAACUUAAGACAUACAGUUGAGAAAUUUAAUUUUUAAGUUUUACUGCGUCGUUUUAACUAUACAUAAAUUAAAACUUGUAUGUGUAUGUAAAUAUUACAGUGAUUCAGUGUUAAAAUUUGGUUAAAAUGUCUAUAACGUCUAGAAGGAUUAUGAUUCUAAAAUUAAACUAUAUGCCAAAUUUGAAGCUGUAUAAUGUAGCAAAGAUACUGACUUGCAGUUACAGUACUACAAAAAAGAGUAAUAAAAUAUUUCAUAACAUAAAUGAAGCUGUAAAAGACAUAAAAGAUGGUUCUAAACUUUUGGUAGGUGGAUUUGGACUCUGUGGUAUCCCAGAGAACCUUAUACAAGCAGUGAAUAAAACAUGUGCAAAGGAUCUUACUAUUGUUUCUAAUAAUGCAGGAGUUGCAGACUUUGGACUGGGAAUUUUGUUAAAAGAUAGACAAGUAAAGAGAAUGAUUGCAUCAUAUGUCGGUGAAAAUGCUGUAUUUGAGAAGCAAUUUUUAAGCGGAGAAUUAGAGGUUGAAUUAACUCCACAAGGUACAUUAGCAGAGAGGAUCAGGGCAGGGGGUGCGGGCAUACCGGCAUUCUUCACACCUACUGGCUUUGGUACUCUAAUCCAAGAAGGAGGAGCACCUAUCAAGUAUACAAAAGAUGGAAAAAUUGAUAUACCUAGUGCAGCUCGUCAUGUCCAGCAAUUCAAUGGAAAAGAUUAUAUCAUGGAAGAAGCAAUAACUGGCGACUUUGCCUUAAUUAAAGCAUGGAAAGCCGAUAAAUAUGGGAACUUGAUAUUCAGGAAAAGCGCAAGAAAUUUCAACCCAGCUAUGUGUAGAGCUGCUAAAAUAACAAUAGCAGAAGUUGAAGAAAUUGUUGAUGAAAUUGAUCCAGAUUUUGUCCAUAUACCAGCCAUAUAUGUACACAGAAUUAUUAAAGGAGAUAAAUUCGAGAAGCGCAUUGAAAGGAAGACUGUCACUAAACCGAUUGAACAAACAGAGAAGAAACCAUCUGAUUUAAUGAGGGAAAGGAUAAUUAAAAGAGCCGCUUUAGAGUUUAAACAUGGCAUGCAUGCUAAUCUUGGAAUUGGUAUGCCAAUGCUUGCCAGUAAUUACAUACCAAAAAAUGUGAAAGUCCUCCUACAGUCAGAGAAUGGCAUCCUCGGACUUGGACCAUUCCCAACAGAAGAGGCGGUGGAUGCUGAUCUGAUUAAUGCAGGGAAAGAAACUGUAACUGUACUCCCUGGAGGUUCAUUUUUCUCAUCGGACGACAGUUUCGGCAUGAUCCGUGGCGGCCAUAUAGACCUGACCAUACUGGGCGCUAUGCAAGUCUCGCAGUAUGGAGACUUGGCUAACUGGAUGAUACCUGGUAAAUUGGUGAAAGGCAUGGGCGGUGCGAUGGACCUGGUGUCGGCGCCGCGCACUAAGGUGGUGGUGACUAUGGAGCACACGGCGAAGGGCGGCGCGCACAAGAUACUGGCCGAGUGCUCGCUGCCUCUCACCGGCAAGAACUGCGUUGAUAUGAUUAUUACUGAAAAGUGUGUGUUUGAAGUAGACAAAGAGAAGGGUCUAAUUCUGACGGAGUUGGCGGAGGGUGUGACUGUAGAGGACGUGAUAGUGAGCACGGGCUGCGAGUUCACAGCCGCUACCAAGAUAAAGAAAAUGGGUGACGUCACGAAAAUUGAGGAAAUUCUCGAUUAGUUCGAGAAAUUUCUGAUGAAUUAAUGCAGAUUUAUUUAAGCUAGUCUAUAUUUUUUGAAAUACAUAAUAAUUCGUAUUUUUGAAAUGUUUAUCUU